AUGGAGAAGAAGCGCAAGCUAGUAACAAUGAUGAUAGGCAAGAUGAAGGGGAAGAUGGUGGAGAUGGCGCGAUCACACACCGUGUCUCGCGUGCUGCAGAUGUGUGUCAAGCACGGCCGCAAGGAGGAGCGGGAGGCCGUGUUUUCGGAGCUACGCCCGCACUGCUGUGAGCUAGCUGUGCAUCCCUAUGCUCACCACCUGGUCAACAGGAUGAUGGACCAUGCGAGCAAGGAGAAGAAGCAUGACAUUGUUGGGCAGCUGCGGGGGCACGUGGUGGAAAUGAUGCGGCACCCUGUCGCCAGUGCCGUCAUAGAACACGCCUACCAGCUCUCACCCCCUGCCCAACGCUCAGCCCUAGCAUCCGAGUUCUUUGCGCCGGACUUCCGCCUCUUCCCCUCGCUCGCCCUGCCGGGCGCCGGAAGGCUUUCCGACCUGCUGGCCAACCUCCCCUCGGGCACCAGUCGACAGUCCGUGCUGCAGCACCUGGAAACCUCCCUGCAGCCGAUCUUAGAAAAAGGCAUUGUGGACCAUUCGCUCUUCCACCGCGUGUUAGCUGACUACCUGGGAGUCAUCUCCAAGGGCCUGCCGGGAGCCGGGCGCCUCGCCGACCUGCUGGCCAACCUCCCCUCGGGCACCUCAAGGCAGUCCGUGCUGCAGCACUUGGAAACCUCCCUGCAGCCGAUUCUCGAGAAGGGCAUCGUGGACCACUCGCUGUUCCACCGCGUGUUAGCAGACUACCUGAGAGUCAUUUCCAAGAGGGAGGUGGCGGAGGUGCGACAGCAGCUGAUGGGAGCGCUGCUGCUGCGCAUGGUGCACACGCGGGAUGGGGUCAGGAUUGCGAAUGCCAUGGUGGCACAAGCUACUCCCAAGGAGAUUAGGCGGGUGGCAAAGGCACUCAAGGGGGUGGUGGCGCGAGUGAUGUGUGACGACCACGGCCACCUGCUGCUGCUGCAGCUGCUUGAGUCUGCCUCUUCCGGCCCUAUCAACCGGUUCGUGAUCAAGGAACUGAUGAAGGACCUGUUCGAGGUGAUGCAGGAGCGCAUUGGCCGCCGGUUUCUCCUGCAGCUGCUGGCGCCCUCCUCCCACCGCUACCUGCCGCCCGAUGCCGCCCAGGCCGUUGUGCUGGCGCCCUCCUCCCACCGCUACCUGCCGCCCGAUGCCGCCCAGGCCGUUGUGGAGGGAAUGAUGGUAGGAGGGGAAGAUGGAGAGGAGGAGGGGGAGGAGGAGGAAGGGGAGGGAGUUGCGAUGGGAGAGGAAGAUGAGGAGGAGGAAGGAGAGGAGGAUGAGGGAGAGGGUGAAGAAGGGGAGGAUGAGGGAGAUGAAGGAGAAGAAGGGGAGGAAGGGGAGGAAGGGGAGGAAGGAGAGGAAGGAGAGGAAGGAGAAGAGGGCGAGGAGGGAGAGGAAGGGGAGGAGGAGGAAGGAGAGAAAACAGAGAUGCUCAAGUUGGCAACAGAGCAUGCAGGAGCCAUGCUGACGUCUCAGUUCGCCUGCGAUGUCAUCUACGAGCUUGCUCGAGGAGGGGACUCCUCUCUGCUCGCCCUGCACCACCCCUCACUCCUUUCCGCCCUGCACUCUGCCAUCGCUGCCGCAGCUGCUGCCCCCUGUCCCCCUGCUGCUGCUGCCGCUGCUGGGAAAGCCAAGAGCGAGAAAGGAAAGAAGGGCAAAAAGGGGAAGAUGAAGAGCAAGGAGGGGCAGAAGGAGGAGAAGGAAGAUGAGGGUGAGGAGGCAGAAGCGGGAGAGGAGAAGGCGGAGGGUGGAGAGGAAGAGGAGCAGCAGCCGAGCCACGUGUUGGAGGACUUUUUUGGGAGCAGAGUGAUCAAGCGCCUGGUGGCUGAUGAAGGGAGGCUAGCUGCAGCGGCAGAGGGAGAAGCAGAAACAGCAAAGUCAGAAGAGGAAGAAGCAGUAGGGGAAGAGGAAGUGGAGCCUUUUUGUGCCGUGUUGUGGCGAGAGGCACUGCGAAGACGAUGCAGGGAGUGGGGCACAGGACACAGUGCCAAGGUGGUGGCAGCGCUGGCCCAUGCACCUCACAAGCCAACAAAAGACGCCGCUCUGGAAGAAAUGGCAGCGUUUCUUGAUGAGCCCGAGUUUGCAGCACUGAAAAGGUUGGUGGAGAGUCCACCCUCCCACCACCACCACUAG